UUAAAGAAACAGGUAACUGUGAUGGAUAUAUUAGGGGUUUCUGUGCUAUGUUCUGUUUCUACGCUGUAGAAAUUGUAGCCUAGGGGUCUCGCUUCUCAUUAAUCCGCCCAUGCACAUGUUGAUGUUAGACUUGUGUGUAUCUGUUCACCUAUAAAAAGUCAACAUAGUCUCAAUGAUUGAAUAUGCAGAAUAUACCGUCGUUGUGUGUUUAUAUUUAAAAUUAGCUAAGAGCUGCCAUAUAGCUUGAGCUGGCUGAAGUUUUCAUCGACUACAACAAAAGCCUCCCAGCAAAACAGACAAAUAAUGUAGAAUGUGCUGUCUUAUGUAAAAAUAAUGUACAGUAUCCCUGGAAUGUUUCAAUGCAGAUUUGCAUAGAAGCAGCAUUCUCUGCUUUACAGUCACAUAGUUUAUUGAGUAUAUUUAGCACCCUACUUAUACACAAGUUAUAUAGUCAGUGUGGUUCUGUGCAUGAUGGAUUGCUAGUAGAAAGAAACUGGUUGGACCUGUCUCAGCUCAUCUACAUACUGGUCAGGUGAAUGCAAUGUUGAGGAAAAUGCUGUUCCCCAACCUGCAGGAAAAGGUAAAGGAUGAGUAAGGUGUGCGUAGGCACUAGGACCGCCUUGUACUUCACUUUCCCACGUUCUCUCUCCUGUGUGCAACCUGUUGUAUGAGUGUGGAUCAAAGUGCAUGAAAGGCUGGACGGUUCUCUGUGCCUCUCCCCUGGAUUUAGUCAUACAGAAUAUGGCCCAGCUGCUGACAACUCUGCAGGAUCCACAGCUGGUGGCCCAAUUCCAGAGGUACUGUGGACUGAGCCUGCAGCCAAAGGGUGAGGCUAAUGGGACUUCUCUAGGGAAUUAUCCUUUAGAGACCAAUCAAAGAGGAAGGGGCAAGACCACAGGGGGCAAUGGAAUUACCCAGCAGAAUGGCAACACCAACCACAGCAAUGGAUCAUAUGCAAAUGGAGCACUCAAACAGGUCAAUACCAAGAAAUACCGGGUGCAGAACUAUUUUCUGUACUACCUCUUCAGAUUUGCCGCUGCUCUUGGACAAGAAGUGUUUUACAUCACUUUCUUACCUUUCACUUACUGGAAUCUUGAUCCUUUCAUAGGGCAUCGCCUGGUUGUUGUCUGGGCUAUUGUCAUGUAUUUUGGCCAAGCUUCUAAGGACCUUCUAAAAUGGCCACGUCCUUCAUCUCCCCCUGUGGUAAAGCUGGAAACCAGAGUCGAUGCUGAAUAUGGAAUGCCAUCUACACAUGCUAUUGCUGCUACUGCCAUCUCAUUCACACCUCUGGGGCGAUACCAGUACCUGUUUUGGCUUGGAUUUUUGGCUGCACUCUUCUUAUCCACUCUUGUGUCCCUUAGCAGGCUGUACACAGGGAUGCAUACUGUGCUGGAUGUCAUCUGUGGAGCUUUAAUUGCCUUGUUAUUUUUGGCAUUAACUUACCCAGUAUGGGGCGAGAUGGACAAAGUGCUCCUCAGCCACCCUCUCUCUCCAGUGUUUACAAUCAUUGUGGGCUUUCUCGCAAGCUACAACUACCCUGAAAUGGAUCAUUAUAGCACCACCCGAGCUGACACUACAACUAUAAUUGGAGUUGCAGUGGGCACAUGUGUGGGGGUCUCAAUCGGCAAUCUUGAUUUGAAUUCUGUGCCUUCAGAUCAGUUUCCACUGCCCAUUCCUGCCAUCAGUUUCCAUCGUGUGCUACUACAAACGGAGAGAUUUCUUCUCGGGAUCAUUCUUCUGCUCAUAACACGAUUUCUUGCAAAAACUCUCUCACUCCAGACUCUUGGGACAUGGCACAAUGUUUGUACUAAGGACCAUCUUGUUAGGCAAAGACUGGAAAUUGAAGUGCCCUACAAAUUUGUGACGUACACCUCAAUAGGUUUUGUUGCUACGGCUGUGGUUCCUCAGCUAUGUGAGUUUCUAGGAAUAUAAGGAGCACAAGGAAGAGUUAUCAGAAGCUAAGCUAGAUGAUCUACUGCUUUAAAAGCAACCACCACAGAUAUGAGUGUGUACCACUAUGAUUGUACUGAAACUUUUUGAAACCAAGUCCAAGGCUCGGUGCCUGCCUUUAAUUUGAGAAAAUGAAAAUAUCCAACCAAUUGCUAAACUAUUGCACAAGGCUUUCUUUGUGAUUGCUGGGUAUGUGUUGGUGAUGCAACUAGAGAUCAAAACUAACUGCACUUUAGUUAAAUUAAACUCACACUACUUACUAGGCAACCCUGUGGCUUGAGAGACAGAACAACCACAAGGAAGAAAAUGACCACACUGUAACAUGAUUAUAACUAACUUAAAGGAGAAGGAAAGCUAUGGAGGCAUUUUAUUGCCAAUAGAUUAGCUGCAAUAGUGCAAGCUAGAAUGCUAUAUUUAUUCUGUAGAAUGUUUUACCAUACCUGAGUAAAAAGCUCUAGAAACUCUGUUUGUUUAGGAUAGGAGCUGCAGUAUUAACAUGGUGUGACAUCACUUCCUGCCUGAGUCUCUCCCUGCUCUGGGCUCAGAUUACAGUAGAGAAGGGA